AUGACUUCCAACUUGAACAAUGCAAACUCGACACCUUCCUCUCGAGCUGAAGACCGCGCACUUAUUGCGGAGAUUCAUCAGCAACAGGCCAGCAUUACACAACUAAUCCAGAAGCUACGGGAUAAAACAAGAGAAAUUUCGCAAACUCUCGAUGCUGCCAGCCCAUUCCCCUUCCACCAGCUCCCGCCCGAACUUAUGGCAUCCAUCUUCACUAACUGCCUCCCGACAUAUCCUUUCUGCGCUGAAAUGGUUGGGAGAAAGUCCCCAGCCAAAUUCAUGCUAGUUUGCCGGCGGUGGAGGGACAUUGCCUUGUCUACUCCUCAACUCUGGCGCGCAAUGGAUAUCGGCUCCAUCAACUCCAGAUAUGUUUCGCAACUUUCCCUCGUCUCUUUAUGGCUGCAGCACUCCAAAUCGAUGCCACUUUCCAUUGACGCCGAUUCCUUUACCCACAUUGAAGAGGAUACGAUGAAGGCCCUCUUUGCUCACAAGGAACGCUGGGAAUUUGUUCGCUUCCAGCUCGAUAUGGCGAAAUAUCCGGGAUUGAAAGAUACCACACCCCUGCUCCGGUCCCUUGAGCUCAAUACGGACUCAUAUUUACCUUCGAGCCAGGGCAUCGACGUCUCUUUCCUACCAAGAGAUGUACCCCGCUUGCGCGCAGUGAUUCUAUGGGACUUUUGGAUGCCAUCUCAUUUUGAAGGGACUGCGACGUUUUUCCCCUGGUCUCAACUUACCGCCCUCAUCCUUCUCUAUCCCCACGUGUCGAAUUGCAACGAAAUUUUGCAGCACACAAAACAACUCAUUCAUUUUGAGCUCAUUAUGUCCAGCUCUUCGCCCGAAGGGCCUGAGAGUAACAUUCUUCUUCCAGAUCUACAAUCUCUGGUUUUUGCGCGUUAUGGCUCUGAUCCGGACGAGCAGUCGGAGACCACACACUACAUCAGCACGCUUGUCCUCCCUGCUCUCCGUAAGAUUCGGGUCUGUGAUAUCAUGAUACGCCCGAAUCCCGUGGCCGCGUUAAAGGCGCUUGUCGAGCGGUCGGGAUGCAAGUUGGAAGAAGUAUGUAUCACAGGCGGCAGGUCUGGAGCCAAGGAAAUCUACGAACGAGAGCUGGGAACGUAUGUUUGGUUUGACGAGUCACAUGUAGGCACAGAGGGUUGGAUAGAGGAGGACGAGCAGGCCAGGGCAAGGCAGAGGAUUGCGGAUAUUAUUUUGGACAUGGGCUAA